AUUGACUCAUAGGCGUUGUUGGGGUAUGACCGAAUCCAGCAGAGGAAGGAGAAGGGGAGAAGCUUCUUUUACUUGUCGGCAGCAUCUCCGUCCAAUUCCAUCCAAUCCACCCAUCGCCGCGCGCGUCGUAGAUCUUGCCUUGGUGGAGGAGAGAUGAAGAUUACGGCGAUCCUCGUGCUGAAGCCUUCGUCGUCCGGCGCCGGGGGCUCCUCCACGUCGGCCGGCGGCGGCGGGCCGGGCUCCGAGGCGUUCGUGCUGGCGAACGCCACGGACGUGAGCCACUUUGGGUACUUCCAGCGCGGCGCCGCCCGUGAGUUCAUCGUCUUCGUCGCGCGCACUGUCGCCCAGCGCACCCAGCCCGGCCAGCGCCAGUCUGUCCAGCACGAAGAAUACAAGGUCCACUCACACAACAGAAAUGGCCUCUGCGUGGUGGCAUUUAUGGAUGAUCAUUAUCCUGUCCGGAGUGCAUUUUCUGUACUGAAUAAGAAACGCAUGAAAUUUGGAGUGGGAAUUGGUGGCCGUUGCAACACACGGGUACUUGAUGAAUACCAGAAGGCCUUUGGGGACUCUUGGAAAUCUGCUACAGCAGAUUCUGCUCAACAGUGGCCUUUCCUGACAGAUGCUUUAACAAAAUUUCAGGAUCCUGCAGAGGCUGACAAGUUAACGAAAAUUCAGAGGGACUUGGAUGAAACAAAAAUUAUCCUACAUAAAACUAUCGAGAAUGUCCUUGAAAGAGGAGAGAGAUUGGAUAGCUUGGUUGAGAAAAGCUCAGACCUGAGUGCUGCUUCACAGAUGUUCUACAAGCAGGCGAAGAAAACAAACAGUUGUUGUACCAUACUCUGAAGUUUGAACUGCGAUCUUCCAAUCAUUCUUGCAAGGCUCCAGGUUAAUGCUUUUUUUUCUUUGACAUAGAUCUUGUUCCUUGUACUUGCUGUUUUCACCUUUAGUUACUCAAUUUUCACUAUCUUCUUCAGAAAGAAAACCGAUCAAUACCGUUGUGUUGUACUGUAAGUCCGGUUGCCCAUGAAGGCAUGAUUGGAAAGCACGAGAACAAUACUGUAAAUCUGUUAUUCUUUGGUGAUGAUGGGACCUUCCUAUAGCAACUAACAUCGCUUAUUGGACCAGAUGGUUUGCCCUUGCGGCAAAACUCCUAGCGUUUGCCAACAUCAUUGUUUCGUCUUACAUUGUUGAUAUCUCAAUUCCCAAGUACCUGGAGUACAGGUUCCUAUUGGUAAUUUAUUAUGUUCCCGAUAUGAUUUAAGAGGGGCAUGUCUUCCAUGAUUUCGUUUUACAA